GCGCGCGCGACGCCUGCAGCCCGGCUCGGCCCCGGACGCCGCUCGUGUCCGCGCUGAGGCGGCUGCUGCGGGCGGCGUCGAGGGCGCGGCGCCGAAGCUGGGGGCGGCCGGCGGCUCGCGGCUCUGCCCUCCGCCCGGUCCCCGUCGGCCCCCGUCGGGCCGCUGCUUCCUCCCAGCGCCCCGGCGGCCAGGCGCUUCAGACGUCCUGGGACUUUAAAACCAGAAAGUCAAGGAUGAUGCUGAGGGACACUGGGAAGUCCUGGAAUGACAGCCAGUCAGACCUCUGUAGCAGCGACCAGGAGGAGGAAGAGGAGAUGGUUUUUGGGGAAAAUGAAGACGAUUUGGAGGAGAUGAUGGAUUUAAGCGAUCUGCCUACCUCGCUGUUUGCCUGCAGUGUCCACGAAGCAGUGUUUGAAGUCCAGGAGCAGAAGGAGAGAUUCGAGGCACUUUUCACCAUCUACGAUGACCAAGUCACAUUUCAGCUGUUCAAAAGCUUUAGAAGAGUCAGGAUAAACUUCAGCAAGCCCGAAGCGGCGGCAAGAGCACGAAUAGAACUCCACGAGACCGACUUCGGCGGGAGGAAGCUGAAGCUGUACUUUGCACAGGUGCAGGUGUCCGGUGAAGCGCGGCACAAGUCGUACUUGCUGCCGCCCCAGCCUGCCAAGCAGUUUCUCAUCUCCCCGCCAGCGUCGCCCCCAGUGGGCUGGAAGCAGAGUGAGGAUGCAGUGCCUGUUAUAAAUUACGAUCUACUCUGCGCUGUUUCCAAGCUGGGGCCAGGAGAGAAGUAUGAACUGCACGCGGGAACCGAGUCGACACCCAGUGUGGUGGUUCACGUCUGUGAAAGUGAAACUGAGGAGGAAGAGGAGACAAAAAACCCCAAGCAGAAAAUCACCCAGACCAGGCGCCCUGAGCCUCCAACCACGGCACUGAACGAGCCCCUGACCUUCGAUUGCGCGCUGUGAGGUCCGUGGUGUGGGAGGCAGCUGCCCUCCCGGGCCGCACUCAUGGGGACCCGGCCUUCCGCUGAUGGCCUAGGUAGGGCAGUGGAGAACCAGACGCAGCCACGGUGGUGUAGGGCAGCAGCUGGUUCACCUGCUCACGGUGGUGAGGGUGUUCUCAGUGGCGCUAUGCAGAAAAGCAUUGCCGUCCGCCCGGAAGUGGUGAGUGAUGGCAGGUUAGGAGAAUGCCCCUCCCCACUCGCCCUCAUCCCUAGAGCUGGGAUACGAAAGACGGGCACGGCGUCAUCCAGUGCAGUACCGUCUUUAUGAACUUCAAAACUCUUGAAAUUUUAAUAACCUAGUGUGGGUAUUUUUGUAUACCAGCUCCUAGCUAAUAUAUUGAGCAAAAAGUAAUUGUUUGGUAUUCAUGAGAUUUUCUUCAUGGAAAAAAACCUGAAAUGCAAAAUUAUCUGUAGAAAUCCUUUUUCUCAAGAAAUUUCUCCAGUAGCUUUGGGAAGAAAUGCCAAAUCCACUCAGAUGGUGAGAACCAAGUGGCCCUCGAGCCCAUGGUGUACAGGCCACUGUUCCUUAUGAGUUGUUCCACCUGAGCUUGGCUGCCCCAAAAGAGCCGCCACUUGGCACGUGGGCCGGCCCCCAGCAGACGAGGCCGCUGUGGUUUCAGACGGCUGCCGCACCCGCCACGCGUGUCUGUGUCUGGCCUGUAGCACACCGCGCUGUCUUCACUCAGCAGCUUCCUGCCCUGUGGCUUUCCCCAGUGUCGUGUUAACCACGGGUCUGUGUGUUUGUUUCUGUUCUGUACGUACAUUUCUGUGUGUUAUCUGUAGAUUUUCAGUGAGAAAAGGUAGUAAGAUUAUCUGAAGACCAUGUAUAAAUUACCCACUGAAACAUCUUCCAGCUUGCUUUGGAAGGAAAGUCACGGGUACUGUUCUUCUGUGGAUCGGGAAAGGGAAGAGAGCACUUACUCACACUUCCCUUAGUGAUGGCAUUUGUCACUCGGGCUUCUUUACCAUGGGCAUUUCUCCUAAAAUACAGCUGGCUCUCACUUAUGUGGCAGAAUUGACCCUUAUAAUGUUGACGCAGCAUCCUUUUAACUUUUGUGGUCUCUUCAGGCUUUGGAGAGCCUUCUGUCGAAAUGGCUGGUCUGUGGGGCAGGUGUCCACGGUGACCCAGUGUUGCUGCCAUCACAGAGAAAAUGCAGAAGUUCCAGCCUGGUAUCUUUAUAUAUUUUGAUAACAUGUUGCUGUGGUUUAGUUCUUCUCAGAGUAGAAUUUAUUGCUGAAGGCAUUACAUUAUAUACACAUAAUACAGUUUUCAGUAUUUUCCUUGCCCUCUGAUACUCUGAGGUAAGAACUCUUUAUUGGUAUAGGUCCACCACUGCUAAACUUCAAUGUAAAUUCAGCUAGAAUUUGUAAUUCCAUACAAAAUUAAUAUAUUGAAAUCGGACCAUUUGUCAGUUUAACUGGUGGCCACUUAAUAAAUUUAUUUUGCAGUCCUGAGCUCAGCAUUUUGCUCAUUUUUGAUUGCAGGGUGGUCCCUGUCUUCCAGGAGAUAUAUGCAUUUUCACCACUUGGGACAUUUAAAAUUUCUUCUUAGGUGAUAUUAUUCAUUACUAUUUUCUAAGUGUUCAAAACCCAUGCUUCAUUUGGGUUGGCUUUCACUCUGCCUGCUGAUUAAAGAAUAUUCUGUCCCUUGGAAGAUAUCUGUCUCUGCGCCUCUCACACUGCCUUUCAAAUAAAUAAGUGAGUAGAAUAAAUCUUUUUUAAAAGUUUUACAUGUUAGGGAUAGAAUACUCUUUUUUUUAAACUGAAGCAGUUCAAAGUACCUAAUGUUUUUCUGUUCUUUUUUGAGAGUAUUGAAUGAAUCAAAAGUUUAAAACAAAAUUUAAUAUAUAUUAAAGAGAGUGUGUCAUAUAAACUCUUCUGAGUGGGGAACAUUAAUGUUUCCUUUCUUGCUAGUAUAUUUCUAGAAGGUGAAUUCUAAAAGAAAAACAAUUAAAUGCCAGUCAACUCCUUCAGUGUUGUGAAAUCAGCCAGGAUCAACACUCAUUGUGGUCUCUGUACUUCUGUGGCUGUUUCUUACCCAAUGUAUGCAACCAUUGUGCAGGAGAUGAGCCUCAUGGGUUUUUUUUUUAAGUUACUUUAAUUUUUUUUUUAAGAUUUAUUUAUUUACUUGAAAGAAUUACAGAGAGGCAAAGGCACAGAGAGAGAGAGAGAGAGAGAGUCUUCUGUCUGCUGGUUCACUCCCCAGAUGGCCACAACAGCCAGAGUUGAGCCAGUCUGAAGCCAGGAGCUUCUUCUGGGUCUCCCAUGUGGGCACAUGGGUGUAGGGGCCCAGGACUGCUUUCCCAGGCCAUAGCAGAGAGCUAGAUCAGAAGUGGAGCAGCUGGGACUGCAGGCGACUUUACCUGCUAUGCCACAGCACGGCCCCAAGUUGUUUUAAUGUUUAUCUCCAUUUUUUUCUUUGAAAUUUAGUUCCUAGAUUUAACUGACAAAUACAAGAGUACUUAAAAAAUUUAAUGGAAAAUAGAAUUAAAAGAUAUUUGAUGCAAAAAAAUUUGAAAUCUAUAUAUAGAUGUCUUCAGAGUUCGUGGAAAAUGCAUAUUAUGAAAAACUAUGAAUUUCAGAAAAGUUUUGCACCAAAAUAAAAUACUGUUUUAAUUCCAUGAACUCUUUGAAGUACGCUUUUAGCUCCAUUUUCUUUAGAAAUGAUAACCUCUUCAUGGGAGUUAAAUUAUGUAGAAAACUGUGAGGAAAGAUAAUGGUGAUGGAAGACAAUGACUUUGUGAGAGAAAAGGUCAGGAAUGAAGGGUUGAGGAACUGGACGCUUAACAGGGAUUGGCCGCAGAAUCUGUGAUGUGCUCCCUGGUGACACUGGUGGCAAACCCGCCUGAAAAGGGUGCUGGUGAGCAUGUCCUGGGCUCAAGGUGCUGGGAGGCAGAAACGGGCAAGAACAGUUCCCUCGCCGUGGGAGCUUGAGGACCCACAGAGCUGAUUUCACACACAAAACCCCGGCAGCGGUUCAGAGCCAAGUCAAAAUGCAAGUUGAAGUUCAGUGUGCAGGUUUGAACAGAACGCUGCAGGUGUUUAUAAACUGUUGGAAUUGAAGAGACACCAGAGGGUUUCCGCCUUUUAAAACGGUCAUCACUCUUAGGUGGGAUUUGAUUCUCCUGGAAUCUGAGGCGGCUGAGAUGCCUGCAGAGGUCACAGCGCAUGAUGUUGCACUCGUCCAGGAGUUACAGGGCGGGCUGAGGGGGCGGCAGUGGGACCUGCCGAGGCUGCCCAGCGGCAAGAGUUGGCUGUCUCGACCCCUGCACAGGAGCUGCUGUUUUUUUUCUCGUGUUGGCCUCUGAAGGAGGUGAUGAAUUCUAAUCCCUGGCAUCAGGGAAACAAAGAUGAGCCUGGGGAUUGUUUUCUCCUGAGGAUGACCAAGACACCAGUGAGAACAUCCUGUCUGGUGACGGUGUUGACUUAGUGAUUUUCUUAAUGAAGCUGAUAUUCCCUGUUUUCUGUUAUCACUGAACUGUUGGGGCCACAAUCUGCUUACAUAAUGUUAUCUUGGUAGCCAGCAAUUGGUUGCCAUUUUAAUAUAGACUUUUCUAGAUUUCCAUACUAGUGAAAUUAAAAUGUAAUCGCACUUAAGAGGUGACUCUGAUGAAGCAGAAUGAGAUCUGUGGGACUCAGAAAUAAAGACUUGUGGAGAAAGGACACCGUCGUGCAGUAUAAAAGUGAGCUCUGUUCAGGAUUAAAGACUGAUGCGUACUGGCCGGCGCCGUGGCUCAAAAGGCUAAUCCUCCGCCUUGCGGCGCCGGCACACCAGGUUCUAGUCCCGGUCGGGGCGCUGGAUUCUGUCCCGGUUGCCCCUCUUCCAGGCCAGCUCUCUGCUGUGGCCAGGGAGUGCGGUGGAGGAUGGCCCAAGUACUUGGGCCCUGCACCCCAUGGGAGACCAGGAGAAGCACCUGGCUCCUGCCUUCGGAUCAGUGCAGUGCACCUGCCACAGCGCACCAGCCGGGGCGGCCAUUGGAGGGUGAACCAACGGCAAAAGGAAGAUCUUUCUCUCUGUCUCUCUCUCACUCGCUCGCUCUCUCUCACUCUCACUCUCACUGUCCACUCUGCCUGUCAAAAAAAAAAAAAGACUGAUGCGUUGUAUUUAAAAUCUCAAACAUAAUUAAGCAAUGGUACCAAAUUUUGUAACAUGCCAGGCUCAGUGUCCACUGGGUUUCGCUUACCCAUAGUUGUGGACCUCACAUCUACCAUGCAAGGUGACCUCGGUCCGCCUUUCUUCCUCGCCUGCCCUCCGUUCCUGCACAGUUGCAUUUACAUGUUUCUGGACUGAAGACCAGUUACUGAAAAUCUGUAUGACAAAUAGAGGAACAGAAGCCCUGGGAAACAGUUACCCCUAGCUGGGGAGGUACAGUCCAUGUUAUGGAAACUCAUCUUUGACAAAGUUAAAGAAGUUUAAAGAAUGAGAUUUACCAACAAUUUGACAAAUAUUCACUUGAUUUUUAAGCUGCGGUUGGAGCAUAGGUCAGUGAGAACAUCUUUGUCAUGGUGCCACUGUUUUCUUGAAUCACAAAACAAGGGAAAAUGUUAAUAAUAUGGAGAGUGUUAUCACCAAAUGACGAGCUAUGAGGCAGCUGAAAGCAGCAUCUGCUAAUAAGUUCACUAACCAAAAAGAUUGUGAAAAUCAUUGUGUUCAGAGUGCUCUCUAGCCGAGGUUAAGAACUAACCUUGGCUAAGUCAGGCACUGCAUGUCUAACUUUACUAGUCUGUGGUAGUGUGUUGAUUGUCAGCAUUAAAUUAGAUUCAUAGUCUGCCUUGCAAACCUACAUUUCCUUUUGAAACAGUUACAGCCCAGGCCGGUGCCGUGGCUCAAUAGGCUAAUCCUCUGCCUGUGGCGCUGGCACACCAGGUUCUAGUCCCGGUCGGGGCGCCAGAUUCUGUCCCGGUUGCCCCUCAUUCUGUCCUGGUUGCCCCUCUUCCAGGCCAGCUCUCUGCUGUGGCCUGGGAAGGCAGUGGAGGAUGGCCCAAGUACUUGGGCCCUGCACCCCAUGGGAGACCAGGAGAAGCUCCUGGCUUCAGAUCAGCAUAGUGCACUGGCCACGGCGGCCAUUGGAGGGUGAACCAACGGCAAAGGAAGACCUUUCUCUCUGACUCUCUCUCUCACUGUCCACUCUGCCUGUCAAAAAAAAAAAAAAAAAAAGAGAGUUACAGCCUGCAGACUCUUGGAACCACUGCCAAUCCCUGAAUAUGGAUGAUUUCAAUCUAUCUAUGCAGAUAAUGUGUGUCUAUCUACGUUGUUCCCACUGUGGGCCCCAAUCUCCCUGACUCGGACUGGGUGCUGAGGAGAGCGAAGGGUGGCAAUCCUGGUCACACGCAGUAUCCCUCCUCCUGCUCCUCAGCCCCAAGUGAGUUGACCCACGCUUCUGCUGUGCUCUGCACACCCCUCAAGUUGAAGAAAACUCUCAGCCAUUUCACUUUGAACUCAGAAGUUGAAUUGAUUGUUACCAGAACAUAUGUGUGAUUUUGUGUUAUAUUUGGGGGCACUUUACCAGUCUGGUACUGUAAACCAUGGUGAAUAUUCAUUGGACUUCAGUCACUUACGUACUUGUGUUUCCUACUCCGGGUGUCCCAAGUGGCCGAGUUUGUAGUAUGUUCAUUGUCAAGUUUAACCUUCUGUGUUGUGAGGACCUUUAAGCAUUCCUCGUCCUAUCAAAGUGACAAAAGCAGAAAGUAAUUUUUUUGGAAGCUUUGUGAUUACUUGUAACAACUUUGGUUUUUAAAACUAAUAAAGUUAGUUUUUAUAAUCAG